AUGACUCGCGAAGCAAGCAAGACAUGGCACAGCGGCUUCAGCGAAGCUGCUGAGCUCAAGCGAACCACUCAAAUAGACAGUAACGAAUCUCCAGUUGCUUCUACCUCGGUCUUCAUUCAGGACGCAAAGCCGGCCUCUGAUGAAGCUGCAACCGCCAUUGCGCAGAAAGGCGCCAAGGAGCGUCCACGUUGCGAGUUCCAAGAUGCAGUGUCGACCUCUACCGCCGGCUCUGACAGCGCCACUGUCGCGGCCACCGACGAAACCGAUUUUGACGCGCCAAGCUUCCGCAUUGGCGGUAGUGCCUACGUCUCUCGCAUGUUCCUCAUCCCAGCUGCAGCCAACAACGAUCGUUCGAGCGAGGACCACUUUCCCGCGGAGGGACAAGAUCUGGAGCCCGGCUUCGUGCUCCCUCCUCAUCCCUGCGACCGAUGCCUUGCCAGCAACAAGAUCUGCACCAUUGGAAACGGCAAGACCAUCCAGGGUCUCGAUCGUGAGGUUCCCGAUGCGAGAUGCGACUGCUGCACGUUGCUGGGCGGGAAGUGCUCGCUUCGCAGGGAAGGACCAUUGACCGAGGAAGAACAACAGGCGCUUGCCAACGUCCAGUGGCGCAUGACAGCCCUUGAGGAAGCCGGCCAGAACGGGAAGUGGAGCGAGGAGUACUGCUAUAGGCCUCCACAAUCGCUACCCUCGCGACACUCCAGCGACUUCUCAUCCAGUCUCUUCACCUCGUUGAAAGAAGACUUCACCAUGACCAAGGGACAUGGCUCCGGCGGUGGGUCUGGCGGCGGCGGCAAGGGCGGUGGCGGUCACGGACCGUCUCAGCCUAGUCGUGCAGACGCAUAUAAUCCUCAGAGUGCCGCCUACAAUCCGACAUCGGCUCAAGCCCAAGGUGGCAAUCCUUCGGCCGAUCGAGCGGCAGCGUUCAAUCCUGAACACCUCCAGUACAAUCCCACGACAGAGCAGAAGUAA